AUGACCUCCCGGUAUAACUUCAAGAGCGUGACAGUGGUUCCGACCACUAAGGACUUCAUCGAUAUUGUCCUCUCGAAGACACAGCGAAAGACACCGACUGUUGUCCACAAACACUACAAGAUAUCGAGGAUUAGAUCCUUUUAUAUGCGAAAAGUGAAGUUCACUCAACAGAACUUCAGAGACAAAUUGGAUCAGAUUAUCACCGAAUUCCCCAAAAUGGAGGAAAUCCAUCCAUUCUUUGCGGAUCUGAUGAACGUGUUGUACGAUAGAGACCACUAUAAGCUAGCGUUGGGUCAAUUGAAUACUUGCAAACACAUUGUCGAUAAUAUUGCUCGCGAUUACGUGCGUCUCCUGAAGUACGGCGACUCUCUAUACCGAUGCAAACAACUGAAGAGAGCGGCGUUGGGACGGAUGGCCACAAUCAUGAAGCGCCAGAACCAGAACCUGCUAUACCUGGAACAAGUGCGGCAACACUUGUCCCGAUUGCCAUCCAUCGAUCCCAACACCAGAACUCUGUUGAUCUGCGGCUUUCCUAAUGUCGGGAAAUCGAGUUUCAUUAAUAAGAUAACUCGAGCCGAUGUGGACGUCCAGCCGUACGCCUUCACCACGAAGUCUCUGUUUGUCGGUCACACCGACUAUAAGUAUCUCCGGUGGCAAGUGAUCGAUACGCCCGGUAUUCUCGACCACUCGCUCGAAGAGCGCAACACAAUUGAGAUGCAGUCGAUCACAGCGUUGGCUCACCUCCGCUCCUGUAUCCUCUACUUCAUGGAUCUGUCCGAACAGUGCGGACACACCAUCGAAGACCAGUUCGCGCUCUUCAAUAACAUUAAGCCGCUGUUCGCUAACAAGCCGUUAGUCGUUGUGGUGAACAAAAUCGAUAUCAUGAAAGUCGAUGACUUACCCGAAGAACAGCGCAAACUCUUUGACGAUCUGAAAGAGAGCGGCGUUUUUGUCCAUCAGAUGAGUACAGUUACCAACGAUGGUGUCUGUGAGCUGAGGAACGAGGCCUGCGAUCUACUUCUCGCCCAUCGCGUUGAGAAUAAAGUGAAGUCCAAGAAGACGGACGCCCUCUCGAGUCGAUUACAUGUCGCGCAACCCAUUCCCAGGGAUGAGAAGGAACGACCGCCUGUUAUACCGGAGUCUGUAUUACGUAAGCGACAGGCGAUGGAAACGGAGACCCGGAAGAAGCGACUCGAGCGCCAUAUCGAGGAAGAGUUGGGCGACGAUUACGUUCUCGACCUCAAGAAGAACUACGAUAUCGAAGGCGAACAGAAGUUCGAUGUGAUUCCCGAGAUCUGGAACGGACACAAUAUCGCCGACUUUAUAGAUCCCGAUAUACUGAAGAAGUUGGAAGUGCUCGAGAGGGACGAAGAGGAGAGAAUCAACGCUGGAUUCUAUGAUAAUUCCGAUGUGUCUGAAGACGAAGAGACCAAAGAGAUGAGAGGUCUGGCGAAACGGAUCCGCGACCGCAAGGCUAUCAUGAAAGUGGAGCAGAGAAUGAAUCGGACAAAUAAACCCCGAUUACCGCGUCCGCCCAAAAAGAGGGAACGCAGUGCGAGCGGACUUCGCACACAAAUGCGUGGUUUGGGUGUCGAUAUGGAUAGCGAUGAAGAGGGCUUGAAUUACGAGGAGGCUGUGGACGACGGCCGGUCUGGACCUCCCAUUAAGCGAUUGCGUGAAGACAGUGAGGGAAGAGUGCGGAGUAGCUCUAAGUUGCCUCGCGAUAAGUCCGGUGUCAGAGAUGUUACGAUGCGAAAGAAGGUCCGCUUUAUGGGUAAGAAAGCGCAGACAUCGAUGAACAGGAAUGCCCGCAAAGGAGAGGCCGAUCGUAAGAUUCUCAACGUUAAGCCCAAACACUUGUUCGCUGGAAAGCGAGGCCUCGGAAAGACUCAAAGGCGAUAAACUAUUUGAAGGAGCUGCGUUUUCCUUCGAAGACAUCUAUAAUUUUAGAGUUUAUUGUAAUUUAUUUUUUGAAUUUGUAAAUAGACUUAACAUUUAUUGUUAAUUUUAAUUAAUAAAUAUAAAUAAUUUUUAUAAAUAUGACUAAAUAUAGGCUAUAAUAAAGUAAUUGUAUUAAAUAUGCAUUGAAUUAA